AUGUGGAUGUUUGAGGGAGAUGACCUGGACAAACAAGUGGGUGCUAGAGAGAGAGAGAGAGGAUGGCGUAAUGCAGUAUGCUUCGAAGAAAUUGAUGAAACUGAGGAGAGAGAGGAUACAAAAUUAGAAGAACAAGCCGAAGGUGGGGACGUGGAACAAAGAGAG